CUUUCACAUGAAAGUGUCUCUUGGUAACGGUGAAAUGGGCGUCUCUGCCCAUUUACAGCCUUGCAAGGCAGGAACCACACGGUUUUUUACCAGCAAUACUCACAGUUCGGUGGUAUUGCAAGGCUUUGAUCAGCUUAGAAUAGAAGGAUUGCUUUGUGAUGUGACUCUGGUACCAGGUGAUGGAGAUGAAAUCUUCCCUGUUCAUCGAGCUAUGAUGGCGUCUGCUAGUGAUUAUUUCAAGGCUAUGUUCACAGGUGGAAUGAAAGAACAAGAUUUAAUGUGCAUUAAGCUUCAUGGUGUGAACAAAGUUGGUCUGAAGAAAAUAAUUGAUUUUAUUUAUACUGCAAAACUUUCUCUUAAUAUGGACAAUCUUCAGGACACACUUGAAGCUGCCAGCUUUUUGCAAAUUCUACCUGUUUUGGACUUCUGUAAAGUGUUUCUUAUUUCAGGAGUCUCUUUAGAUAACUGCGUUGAAGUUGGACGAAUUGCUAACACCUACAAUCUUAUAGAAGUAGAUAAAUAUGUCAAUAAUUUCAUCCUGAAGAAUUUUCCUGCAUUAUUGAGUACUGGGGAGUUUCUAAAACUCCCUUUUGAACGGCUUGCCUUUGUGCUUUCCAGCAACAGUCUUAAGCACUGUACUGAACUUGAGCUUUUCAAGGCUGCGUGUCGCUGGCUAAGGUUGGAAGACCCUCGGAUGGAUUAUGCUGCAAAAUUAAUGAAGAACAUUCGAUUUCCACUGAUGACACCACAGGAUCUCAUCAAUUAUGUGCAGACAGUAGAUUUCAUGAGAACAGACAAUACUUGUGUGAAUUUGCUUUUGGAAGCUAGCAAUUACCAAAUGAUGCCAUAUAUGCAGCCAGUGAUGCAGUCAGAUAGGACUGCCAUUAGAUCUGACUCUACACACUUGGUUACAUUAGGAGGAGUUUUGAGGCAGCAGCUGGUUGUCAGUAAAGAAUUACGGAUGUAUGAUGAAAGAGCUCAAGAGUGGAGGUCUUUAGCCCCCAUGGAUGCUCCUCGUUACCAGCAUGGCAUUGCUGUCAUUGGAAACUUUCUUUAUGUUGUUGGUGGUCAAAGUAAUUAUGAUACAAAAGGAAAAACUGCUGUUGAUACAGUUUUCAGAUUUGAUCCCCGGUAUAAUAAAUGGAUGCAGGUUGCAUCAUUAAAUGAAAAGCGCACAUUUUUCCACUUAAGUGCUCUGAAAGGGCACUUGUAUGCUGUUGGUGGGCGAAGUGCAGCUGGUGAACUGGCCACAGUAGAAUGUUACAAUCCAAGAAUGAAUGAGUGGAGCUAUGUUGCAAAAAUGAGUGAACCCCACUAUGGCCAUGCUGGAACAGUAUAUGGAGGCUUAAUGUAUAUUUCAGGAGGAAUUACUCAUGACACUUUCCAAAACGAGCUCAUGUGUUUUGACCCUGAUACGGACAAAUGGACACAGAAGGCUCCAAUGACUACAGUCAGAGGUCUGCACUGCAUGUGUACAGUUGGAGAUAAGCUCUAUGUCAUUGGUGGCAAUCACUUCAGAGGAACAAGUGAUUAUGAUGAUGUUCUAAGCUGUGAAUACUAUUCACCAACACUUGACCAGUGGACACCAAUUGCUGCCAUGUUAAGAGGCCAGAGUGAUGUUGGAGUUGCCGUCUUUGAAAAUAAAAUCUAUGUUGUAGGUGGAUAUUCUUGGAAUAAUCGUUGUAUGGUGGAAAUUGUCCAAAAAUACGACCCAGAAAAGGAUGAGUGGCAUAAAGUUUUUGAUCUUCCAGAAUCACUUGGUGGCAUUCGAGCUUGUACUCUCACAGUUUUUCCACCUGAAGAAAACCCUGGAUCACCUUCUAGAGAAUCACCUCUAUCAGCACCUUCAGAUCAUUCUUAGGACCAAGUUGUAAUACUUUUGCAGUGCAUCAUGGAUGAUCCCAUACUUCCACUUCAGUUGUAUCUUCUUACAGUGAUUGGUACAGUUAUUAGAUUAAAGAGGUAAUUGAUGUAAUUUGUAUUGUUUGGCUUAGUAUGUUUAUCAAAUGGUUAACAAUGCAUUUUAAAAAUGUAUUCAACAUAGCUGUUUUAGCAAAUGUAAAAAGAUAAGUAGAACAGUGUUUGUUAGAUGUCUUUUUGUGGUGUUGUGUAAGUCAAAGUGUAGGUGAUGAUAGUAAGUGUAUAUAAUUAUGUUUAUUAUGCUUCAAAGAUGAUAAGUUUUCAUCUUUUAUGUCAAAACAUCAAAGGGAGGCUGCUUGCCCUAAUCUAAAAUAAUAAACAGAAAACAUCUCCAA